AUGCAGACCUCCAAUCCGGAUUACUAUUUCCAAUCUGACGCCGACAUUGCGAAUCGUGCGCGCAAGGCAACAAAGUCUGGGAACAAAAAUGGCGAUCCAAUCUCUAUGAAAUCUAAAAUUCUAGCGGCCAUCCCGGAUCCUGCUGACCCUAAUGGCUCAAUAUUCAUCGCCGAGUCUGCAGGAUUUUGCAGACGCGUCAACCUAGAGUCUACUGAAACAAAAACCACAUACAGAGGCCCGAAGGCUCCUGUGACCUGCCUUACUAUCGGAGGUGUUAAAAACAAGACACUGUACGCAGGCUGCUGGGACAAGGACAUUUGGUCAUGGGAUGUCGACACGGCUCAGCCUCAACGCAAGUUUAGCGGUCACAGCGACUUUGUCAAGACAGUCAUUGGCGGCAUACUAUCAGGGAAGCCGAUCCUAAUCAGCGGCGGCGCUGACAAGAAGAUCAUGGUCUGGGACGCUGAGAGCGGUCGCCGGAUACACACGCUACAGGACCCCGCGACGACCAUGCUGGCUGUGCAGCAUCUCGCCCUGGACCCCGUCCUCAGCGGUCCUGACGCGCUCGUUCUCGUCAGCGCCAGCAGCGACCCCAGCAUCCGCCGCUGGCGCAUCACGCUCACCGAAUCCGAGCAGCUCGCCGAAGCGUAUCACGCCCGCCCCGACGCUGAGCGCCUGACGGUGCAGGAGCAUGACACGAGCGUUUACUGCCUCAACUUUGACGUGGCGGGCGAGGACGUCGACCUAUGGACGGCCAGCGCCGAUGGCACGGCCAAGUGUCUCUCGCGCGCGCGCAGCUUUGAGACGGAGGACACGCUCGCCCACGGCGACUACGUCCGCGCCGUCGUCGUCACGGACCGCUGGGCCGUCACCGCCGGCCGCGACGAGCACGUCAAGGUCUGGGACCGCGCGACGGGCAAGCUCUACGCAACGCUCGAGGGCCACUUUGAGGAGAUUACCGGCCUGGUCCUGCUGGGCAGUGCGGCCACGGGCGCGCCGAUGCGGGUGUGCAGCGUGAGCAUCGACGGCACGAUCCGUACGUGGCCACUGGCGCAGGCUGCGCUCGACGAGACGGUCCUGAAGAUUCAAGAGGCGGCGGAGAGGGCAGCCGCGGGCAAGACAGAGGAGGUCAAGGAGGACACGGGCGAAAGCAUGCUUACUGCGGAAGAGGAGGCGGAGCUGGCCGAGCUGAUGGCUGAUUAG